AUGUGGCAGGAGGCCCGCAAGCACGAGCGCAAACUCCGUGGCAUGAUGGUCGACUACAAGCGACGUGGCGAGCGCCGCCGAGAGUACUACGAGAAGAUCAAAAAAGAUCCGGCCCAAUUCCUCCAGGUUCAUGGACGGGCCUACAAGAUCCACCUGGAUCCUGCUGUGGCUCUGGCUGCAGAGUCUCCCAUCAACAUGAUGCCUUGGCUAGGCGACGCCAGCAACAUGAUUGACAGGUUUGACGUACGGGCUCACCUCGACUAUGUCCCAUCUUACAUGCCUCCGCUGAUCACUACACCAACACCAGAGCAGGAAAUGGAGGAAAGGAAGUGCAAUUAUGAGCGCUAUAGAGGCCUCGUGCAGAAUGACUUUGCCAACAUCUCCGAGGAGCAGUGUUUGUACCAAAUCUAUGUGGAUGAGCUCUAUGGUGGCCUACAAAGACCAAAUGAAGAAGAGAAAAAAAAGCUGGCUGAGAAAAAGGUGGCUAUCGGUUACACGUACGAGGACAGCUCUGUGACUGAACCCGAUCCCGCCUCAGACAAAGACGAGGACAAUUCGGAGAACAGCGAAUCUGAAGAGGAUGAGGUCAUCCCAGAUAUCGAUGUGGAGGUCGAUAUCGACGAGCUGAAUCACGAGCAGGAAAAGGAGCUUAAUAAAACCGCUACUCCCUACGGAAUGGCUGAAGGAGACUUUGUCAGGAUGUUGAGGAAGGACAAAGAGGAGGUAGAGGCCAUCAAGCAUGCCAAGGCGCUGGAGGCGGAGAAAGCCAUGUACUCUGGCCGUCGUUCUCGCCGACAGAGGAGAGAGUUCAGAGAAAAAAGGCUAAAAGGAAGACAAAUCAGCCCACCCAGCUACGCCAGGAGAGACAGUCCAACAUACGAUCCAUACAAACGGCCAGAGUCAGAGUCCAGCUCUGAGUCUCGCUCACGUUCUCGGACCCCCGGUCCAGAGAAAAUCACCUUCAUCACCAGCUUCGGGGGCAGCGAUGACGAAGCGGCGGCGGCAACAGCAGCAGCGCAGGCUGUCGCCCCCCACAGUGGCCACAGCUCCAAUGCACAGCACCCUGCAGGUCAUAGCAGGGGCUCCCGGAGACGAAGGUCCUCGUCCAGUCGAUCACCUUCCUACUCCUCCUCUUCCUCUCGGUCCUCCUCAUCCUCAUCCCGUUCGCGCCGCCGAGGGCGCAGAGGAAGGGACGACCGGCGUUCCCGAACCCGCUCCCGAUUAAGGCGAUAUUCUCGGUCCUACUCACGUGACCGAGGAGGGUCCAGGCGAAGGCGAGAUCGCACGCGGUCUAGAUCGCGACAGAGAGAGAGAGCGAGAGACAGGGAGAGGAGACGAGAAUCUUCAAGGAGACGUUCCAGAUCCCGCUCCAGUUCACGUCACGGGGGUUCCUCGCGGCCAAGUGUCCGGAACAGCAGCGAUCACAAGCGUGGCGAGAGUGGCAGUGGCAGUCCCUCACCGUCUUCCCCCGGCCGGCUCAACCACAGCCUCUCCCCUGACCAACGAGGACCCCCUGUUUCUUCUAACACCAUUACCGACAAACUAAGAAAGCCUGAAACAGCGGGUGGUAAAAAGACGGGAGCCGCCAAAUCCAAGCUGACGCCGCAAGAGAAGCUAAAACUGCGAAUGCAGAAGGCCCUCAACAAGCAGUCCAAGGCGGAUAAGAAAGCAGCUCAGGUAAAGAUCCAACAGCAGGAGCACAAACGACAGGAGCGAGAGGGAGAACUACGAGCCAUGGCACGCAAGAUACGCAUGAAGGAACGUGAGCGGCGCGAAAAAGAGCGGGAUGAAUGGGAGCGACAGUACGGACGCCAGAGCAGCAACUCGCCUUCUCCCUCCAAAUAUGGCAGAGAUUCCAGCUCAUCUCGAAGGAGAUACCGAUCCAGAUCCCGAUCCCGGUCUCGCUCCCGCUCCAAGAGUCCCUACAGCAGAUACUGA